AUGUCUACGGCACGUUGUAGCUCAGAGGAGGAUCCUGAUCUGAUCAGAAUUGCAAGAAUAGCUGGACGAUAUCUUAUUUUCGAUCCCGACGCAGCUGGUAGCCUUAGGCGACAUGAAAAUACCAACGGAACCUUGAUUGGCUCGACACCUCAGCAGCCAACGCAAAACAUAUUUCUGGGAUUGCCAGUGGAAGUGCGUCCUGAGGAAGCAAUAGCCUUAGUUCAGGAGAAUAGAGCUUAUAUUGUAGAAGAUUUAGUCGCUCACGAAACCGCGCUAGCCUCAAAGGUAGAACAUGUAAGGAAACAUUACAUGGAGUGUUUGCAAAGAAGCAAACAAGCCGCAUGUUUAGCUUUAUCCGAGAGGUCUUCGGCGAAAGCGGUCAAAGUUGCUGCGCGUCACAAGCAAAGCAAGCAACAUAACUUGAACACAAGCCGGAACAGCAGAAUUAACGAUGACAACCACGCUUUGACCGUACUUCAACGUGACCACGCAGCUAACAAUGCGGGACUGCUGGCUGUAACUCCAGUGUCCAGCAUACCCCUACUCGAUCUUAAGGCUGGAAUUACAACAACAUUGGAUAGUUCUCUUAAAGAGCUUUGGCUGAUAUGCACUCAUUGGAGCCAAGACCACUCAUAUGAGGAGGUCAUGUCAAGUUAA